AUGGAGAAGGUUGGCGAGAUCGUGUCAGUGAGCACACUGCGCUUGCAGCGCGGGGAAGUGACAUGUGUGGACACGGCGGGCGCGCGGCUGUCGGCCGGCAGUGGGGAUGGCACUCUGCGGCUGUGGAGCUGGGUACGAGACGUCGCCUGGGUCGAGAGAACCGUGGUUAAUAGAGCACAUAGAUAUGGCGUCACGGGCACUCGUUUCUCUCCGUCGGGGAUUUUACUGGCAUCGGUGGGUGUAGACGGGGCGGCGCGCAUCUGGAGCGCACGAGAGGCCCUCGUAGCGAAGAGCACGCUGGCGGCGCCCGACGCUGCAGCGGCGCGCUCACUGCAGUGGGCGGCGGGCGAGAGGCUCGUCGUUGGACACGAUGACGGAGCGAUCCGCGUGUGGACGGUGCGAUCCGGAACAUUGCUCGCGUUUGUGCGACCGCACGAGGGGGCCGUGCACGCUCUCGCCACGUUAGACAACGUCGCUCUUCUGCUAAGUGCUUGCACAGAAGGAGUGCUCAAAGUUUUCGAUUUCGAAAAAUUAGCUAGACACGGCACGGAGGGAGGCGCGGGCCCAACGCCUUUGCUAUGGGAAGACGGGGCGCACGACUUGGGCGUGCUGUGCGCGACACCGCUGCAGCGCGGGGCGGCGACGGGCGGGCACGACGGGCGCGUGCGGCUGUGGCGCGUGCAGGGCGGCGGACGCGGCCGGCGCGUGGGGGCGGGCGCCGCCCUGGCCGGGCACGCGGCCGCCGUCACCGCGCUGCGCUGGGCGGGCGGCCUGCUGGCGUCCGCGUCGCUGGACCGCACGGCGCGCCUGUGGGACGCGGCGGCGGCGGCGUGCGUGCGCGUGCUGCACGCGCACUCGCGCUACCUCACGUGCGUCGCGCUCGCGGCCGACCUGCGCUACAUGGUUACCGGUUCUAACGACAAGUCGGUGUGCACGUGGUCGCUGGGGAGCUUCUCACAGAACGAUGAUUUAGAACCAGCCUGCAAUCCACUCGUUCACUUCGCUCUCGGAGACCUUGAGGGCAUCGGUCCAGUAGAUGAAGACCGUACAGAUAACUUAGAAAACAUCGAGAGUAACUACGCGUGCGCGAGCUCGGUGGCCCGCUGCGUGCUUCGCGAGCCUCACGCCGCCGCCAUCAACUGCAUCGCCGCCUGCAAUCAGCUGAUCGCGACUGCUUGCAGGUACUACCCAGACGAGCUGCUUUACAUUGUGUGCAGGACAUAUUCUGAUGUGGCCUACCUUAUUGUUAGUAACAUCAUAUCAAUACAUAAACUCUGGGGCUUCAGUGACGGACACGUGCGAGUGUUCAACUAUGACGAGAAAGAAGAGAGCCUACAGCUUGAGUUGGAGCUGGUGGUGGACUCGUACCCCGUGUUGGCGGUCGACUUCGGAGCGAACGGAGCUUUGCUGCUCAGCGGCGGUUUGGACGGGUGCGCUCACCUCUGGGAUGUGCAGUCGGGCUGCGAGCUGGCGACGCUGCCGGCGCGCGGCGAGUGCGGCGUGCGCGACGCGCGCGUGUCUCCGCAGCGCCCGCCGCUGCUGCUGCUGGCCAGCGACGACGGGCUGGCCAGCCUGUGGGCCUUCGACCCGCCCUCGCCGGAGCCCUUGCAUGUAUAUCUGGGGCUGGUGGAGGCCGCCCUGUGCUGCGCGUGGUCCGCGGACGGGCGGGCGCUUGUCGCCGGGGGCGAGGCGGGCGAGCUGAACUUGUUGGCUCCGCCGCCUCAGCCGAGCCUGCUGUGUCAGCAGCUGUACGCGCAUGACCUCGGUACUGUGUACCUAAUGUUUACAACUGAUUUCUUAUCAAAUAGUUGUCCUACACUCGUUGCAGGGGUUUUGAGCUGUGAUUUCGCGGAUAGUUUUGAAAAUUCCGAAUCUGAAGACGAGAAGUCUACGCUACUACUGGCGACGGGAGGUCGUGACGCGUUAGUGAAGCUGUGGUGGGUGAGGUUGAGCGUGGAUGAGACUGGCGCGCAGACGGGUGCUCUGGAGCUGGCGAGCAGUCUGGCGGCGCACGGCGGCGCGGUACAGUGCGUGCGCUGGGGCGGGCGGGCAGCGAGGGCGGGCGCGCUGGCCACGGGCGGCGCGGACCGCUGGGCGCGCGUGUGGCGCGUGUGGGCGGGCGGCGGGCGCGUGCGCGUGCAGGUGGCGGUGGCGGUGCCGGCGGGGGCGGGCGGCGCGCCGGCCGUGCGCCUGCUGGGCGGGGAGGGCGGGCGGCUGGCCGUGGGCUCGCUGGGCGGCGCGCUGACCGUGUGGCGCGUGCCGCUAGAUGACGCGCUACAGGACGCUGAGGGCGAGGAGCCACGCUUCUGGAGUGCGGCGGGCGUGGAGCGGUGGCUGCGAGAAUAUGUCACCAGACCGCCCGGCUCGACGGUGUCAGAGGAGGAGGAGACGCGAUUGCUCGACGCGGUCACUGAAGCAGAACUCACCGGCGACAAGUUGCUGGACACUCCGCUGAUGGAGUUGAUGAACUGUUUCGGAUAUGGAGGAGAACCCAGUGAAGACUCUGACGAGCCUCAUGAGGUUCGUGAGCGACUGCUAGAUGAAAUACUGUGGCUGCGUCGAGACUUUCUUCCUUACGAUUUGGAGGCGGGCGCGCCGCACGCGCUGCGCUGCCCGCUGUCGCACGCUCGUUGCCGACCCAGUCGUAUAACCCUCAGGAGGCGGGCGCGCCGCACGCGCUGCGCUGCCCGCUGUCGCACGCUCGUUGCCGACCCAGUCGAGGCGGGCGCGCCGCACGCGCUGCGCUGCCCGCUGUCGCACGCUCGUUGCCGACCCAGUCGUAUAACCCUCAGGAGGCGGGCGCGCCGCACGCGCUGCGCUGCCCGCUGUCGCACGCUCGUUGCCGACCCAGUCGAGGCGGGCGCGCCGCACGCGCUGCGCUGCCCGCUGUCGCACGCGGCGCUGCGCGAGCCGGCGCGCGCCGCCGACGGGUUCACGUACGAGCGCCGGAACAUCCGCGACUGGAUACUGGCCGCCGACAGCGUCCAGUCCCCGAUGUCGGGGCGGCGGCUGGCGAGCUUGUUCGUGGAGCCCAACUACGGCGUGCGCGACUUGCUGCGCGACUACUGCGGCUGGCGGCAGUAG